GGGACCUGAACGCAGGCUGGUGCAGACAUGGUGCCCCUGCUGCUGCUGCCCCUGCUGUGGGGGGGGUCCCUGCAGGAGGACUGGGGGUACAAGCUCCAAGUGCAGGACACGGUGACGGUGCAGGAGGGUCUGUGUGUGCACUUGCCCUGCGCCUUCUUCUAUCCCAGGAGCUCGUGGCCUACCCGUGAGAGGCCCUACAUGUACUGGUUCCGGAGUGGGGACAGCUCCCAUAACUCUCAGCUUGUGGCUACAAAUGAUAAAARAACAAAGGUGAAGACAGAGUUCCAGGACCGGUUCGACCUCGUCGGGAAGCCCGGGGAAAACAACUGCUCCCUGAGAAUCAGAGAGGCCAGGAGGAGCGACCAGGGACUCUACAGGUUCCAAACAGAGAGAGACUAUGGGAGAUAUGCUUACAAAGAUAAGCAGCUGAACCUGCUGGUGGCAGCCCUGACACAGGAACCCGACAUCCACUUUCCGGAGCCCCUGAAGUCCGGCUAUCCCACGAACCUGACCUGUAGUCUGCGGGGAAUCUGCGAAGAAGGAAGACCUCUCCGCUUCUUCUGGGUGGGGGGUGCUCUUGACUCACUGGACCCCCAGACCCUCCACUCCUCGGUGCUGACCCUCACCCCGAGGGUGCAGGACCAUGGCAGCAACCUCACCUGUCAGGUGCACCUGCCAGAAGGUCAGGGCACCGUGGAAAGAACCAUCAGGCUCAAUGUCUCCUACGCUCCCCAGAACCUCACCAUCAGCCUCCUCUCCAGCAAUGUCACAGCCCUGAAGAUUCUGGAAAAGGGCUUGACCAUUCUCACCCAGGAAGGCCAGACUCUACGGCUGCUCUGUGUUGCUGAUGGCAACCCCCCAGCCCAGCUGAGCUGGGUCCUAGGGGGACAGACUCUGAGCUUCUCCCAGCCCGCACACCCUGGGAUCCUGGAGCUCCCUCAGAUACAAAUGGAGCAUGAAGGAGACCUCACCUGCCAAGCUCAGAACGCACUGGGCUCCCAGCACGUCUCCCUGCAUCUCUCUGUGGUCUACCCCCCACAACUGCUCAGCUCCUCCUGCUCCUGGGAGGGCGAGGGGCUGCGCUGUAACUGCUCCUCCCGAGCCCAGCGGGCCCCCACCCUGCGCUGGCGGCUGGGGGAGGAGCUGCUGGAGGGGAACCACAGCAACGCCUCCUGGACCGUCACCUCCAGCUCUGCCGGGCCCUGGGCCAACAGCUCCCUGAGCCUCAGCGGGCCGCUGGGCUCCGGCCUCAGACUCAGCUGCGAGGCCUGGAAUGACCACGGGAAACAGAGCGCCACUGUCCUGCUGCUCCCAGGGAAACCGGUGCUCCUGGCAGGAGUCGUGCCCGCAGCUCUUGGAGGUGCCGGUGCUAUGGCUCUGCUGUCCCUAAGUCUGUGCCUCCUCUUCUUUUGCGUAGCGAAAGCCCGCAGGAAGCAAGCAUCCGGGAGCCGAGAGGGCCUGGAUGACGAAGAUCCUGUCAUGGGUACAGUGGCCUGGGGUUCCAGGCAAAAGUCCUGUCCAGACAGCCCCCCAACCCAAGCAACCCCUGCUGGGGAUGCCCCUCCCUCAGGGGAGCAACAGGAGCUCCAUUACGCCUCCUUCAGCUUUCAAGGGAUGAAGCUGAGGGAGCCUAAGGAUGAGGAGAGCGCCAGCGCCAGCGAGUACUCAGAGAUCAAGACAAAUGAGGACGGCUUAGAGCUUGGGGCUGGCCCGAGGAAUCGCAGCUCCUAGGGCAGAGGAGAAGUCAGGCACUAAUCAGCAAAGCAUGUGGACCCCUGUGGCAAUAUGAACAGGAAGGACUGGCCGAGCGUCACCAGGUAGAGCCGACUUGGGCUCUCAUGUAGGCUGCCAAGGAAGUCCUUCACCUUUCUGUGCCUCAGUUUCCCGUUCUGUAAAUCAGAGAUCGCGCAUUCUGCCUCAGAGGUGGUUGUGGACAUUAAAGAAAUUAACACACAGAAA